AGUUUAUGGAGUGAAAGAGGAGAAGGGAGAGAUGACUGUUACAUCGAAAAAGGAGGAGGGAGAAGAGGAGGAACCUGGAUAUCUGGGCCCGGUUUCCCAAACACAUCUUAUUAAGGCAUCCAAUGGUUCAAACAAUGAAUUUAGCCAUAAGAUGGUUUUGAGAAACCGUUCCCUGAUUAACACUAGAGAGAUACAGGACUACCGUGGAUCCUCUGGGGAGCCUCAACCACCUCAUGAUGCUGACAAGGUAGAGAGGAGUCUCUCCAUAUCAAAAGACCUCAAGAAACGCCUGCAGAGACCCACAGGGAAGAGAACUCACUGCUGCUCUGACUGUGGGAAGAGAUUCACCUCCUCAUCAGGCAUUAAAAUUCAUCAGAGAAUCCACACAGGAGAGAAACCUUCUAGCUGUGGUCAAUGUGGGAAGAGAUUUGCUACAUCUGGCUCUCUGACGGUACACCAGAGAAUACACACAGGAGAGAAACCUUCUAGCUGUGGUCAAUGUGGGAAGAGAUUUGCAACAUCUAGCCAUCUAACUCGACACCAGAGAACACACACAGGAAAGAAACCUUAUAGCUGUGAGCAAUGUGGGAAGAGUUUUGGUCAAUCUGGAACUCUGACAGUGCACCAGAGAACACACACAGGAGAAAAACCUUAUAGCUGUGGUCAAUGUGGGAAGAGUUUUGCUGCAUUUAGAGUACUGAUUCGACACCAGAGAACUCACACAGGAGAAAAACCUUAUAGCUGUGGUCAAUGUGGGAAGAGUUUUGCUGCAUCUAACUCUCUGACUCUUCACCAGAGAAUACACACAGGAGAAAAACCUUAUAGCUGUGGUCAAUGUGGGAAGAGUUUUGCUGCAUCUAGCACUCUGACUCUACACCAGAGAAUACACACAGGAGAGAAACCUUAUAGCUGUGGUCAAUGUGGGAAGAGUUUUGCUGCAUCUAGCACUCUGACUCUACACCAGAGAAUACACACAGGAGAUAAAUCUUAUAGCUGUGAUCAAUGUGGGAAGAGUUUUGCUGCAGUUAGCCAUCUGACUCAACACCAGAGAACACACACAGGAGAGAAACCUCAUAGCUGUGAUCAAUGUGGAAAGAGUUUUGGUCAAUCUGGAGAUCUGACAGUGCACCAGAGAACACACACGGGAGAGAAACCUUAUAGCUGUGAUCAAUGUGGGAAGAAUUUUGGUAGAACUGGCAAUCUGACUCGACACCAGAGAACACACACAGGAGAGAAAUCUUACAGCUGUGAUCAAUGUGGGAAGAGUUUUGCUGCAUCUAGCCAUCUGACUCAACACCAGAGAACACACACAGGAGAGAAAUCUUAUAGCUGUAAUCAAUGCGGGAAGAGUUUUACUCGGCUAGAUGGCCUGACGGGACACCAGAGAACACACACAGGAGAGAAACCUCAUAGCUGCAAUCAAUGUGGGAAGAGAUACUCUGAUAAAAGAUGUCUGAUUAAACAUCAGAAAAUACAUGAAGGAGUUGUUUCAUGAUAUCAAUGAAAAAAUGUCACAAUGUAGAAUGUUUUUAACAUUGUAGUAUGAGUAUUUUAAGGUAUUUCACAAUGUAGAAUCCUGAAUGUUUGCCCCAUUCAAUUGAUUUCAGCGUGAUAUGGAUAUUAGCCCUGGGAAAAAUCCAGGCUCUGAAAUGAAAGAGUUACUAUUUAUGUGAUUUAACAAAAAAGUGCCUAACACAAAAAGAGCUGUUACACUUACCAUGUUGGUGACCCACUUGAAUCGAAAUGCAACACUUCAAAAUGUAGCUAGCUGUUUUAUACAAGUUGUCCUCUAAACAGUGAUGUACACAUUAUUCCCAGAUUCCGUGUGGUUUUUUAGCUGUUAAUUUUAACAGGACGUGCAACCUCAUCUCCCCCCUCCCGGCACAAUUGAUUUCAACAUGAUAUCGAUGAGUGAUGACAAAUAAGUGUUGCGUUCCUUUGUAAAUUUAUAUGCAGCACUCCAAAAUGUAGCUGACUGUCAUCUGCAGGUUGUCCUCUAACCAGUGAGGUAAAAGAUAUCUCCCAUUUCCAUGUGUUUUUUUUAGUUGUGUUAGUUUCAAAAGCACGAACAACCUGAUUUCCCCCCUAAUUGAUAUCAGUGAUUUAUUGCUACUUGUCAAAACAACAGCAUUUCUAUUACUUGUGUCCAUGGUGAGGACAACUUGGUUUUUGUUGCUUAUGCAGUUUAUAAGGUACUUGUUUAAAAAAAUACAAGUAAUAUGAUUAUUGUGGCAGAUGUUUGUGUACAUUGCACAUGUUAUGUUUAGGUUUUCAAUUUAUCCCAAACUGUUUCCACCUAGCAACAUGUCAUUGAGAAGAUGUUGAAAAUUUGACUAUGCAAUCAAAUAUUUCAUAUUUACAUUUCAUGAAACAUUUAGUAGUGAUAUUUAUUCAUGCAACCAACUGACAAUUUUUUGGGUACAAUUAUAUUGACAUUGUUGCCCUGAUUUUAGAAUAUCAAGGUUGAUUCUCAGAUGUGCCAACCCAAAUGCACUAGAGCAUGACAUUGGGGACUGGGCCCCGAUCUAACAACAUGCCUAUCGAGUGAAACCUGAAAAGAGAGAGAAGCUCCGCGGUGAGGUUGAAAGUUAUUACGGAUAUUGCAAGAGUUUCCUCUUGAAAUCAGACAUGUCCGUGGUAAGGACAACUUGGUUGAUGUUUGGGCAGUCAAAAAGUUUUGUGUUUUGCAUUUAGCCAGUGCGUUGCCAUUUAUUUUGACUGCACGUUUUUCCUUAUUGGAGAUGAGUUUUGUUUGGGCUCGUUCCAAGGGGACGAGAGUUCUAGAAGCUAGUCAGUUUUAGGAAGACAAGUUUUUUUUCUUGUUUUGAAUUGUUCACAGCCAGUAGACCCCAUGUUUAUAUUGGUGAAGGUGAAGCAUUGUAGUUGAUUAUAAUGUGAAAUGGAAGUUGUUUUCUGUUGGUGGUAAGCAUUCUCUUAUUAAGGUGUUAGUGUUUGGUUUUUCCAUUUAUGUUAGUCAGUAUGUGUUACACCUGUGCUGGCUUGUCCAACUCGUUAGUGGGAAGGUGUUUCACCUGAGCUGGUCCAGGUUCUAUUUAAGAGUGUCUGGCCCAGUGCUCCAGUUGUCUUGAUAGAUGUGGAGAGUCAACACCUUUAGUUGCUCCACUUCCUGUCUUUAAGUUUGGUGUGGGUUUUUCUUUUUGUUUGCCUCUUGGGCAGAUUUAGUGGGUCUCAUUGUGGGUGUCUUUCAUGUCCCAGUUGUUGUUACUAGGCAACUUUCAGUGGACACUGAGAGCAAAACUGCAACAUUAUGUUAAAAUACUUUUGUUGGAUCAAAUGUUUGUUUUAUGCAACAGAAUAGAGGGUUCUUAGAACUAUUGUGUCUGUGUGUUCUACUGAGGAUGGGCCUCUGGGAGAAAACACUGACAGGAGAUUUACAAUGUCUUUUGGGUGAUAAAACCUAGAGACUGCAUUCCAGAGCAUAAGUUAAUGUUUCUGUUCUAUAUGCUACCAGGCAGAGAUGAGCCAGACCCUGGUCUAUACACACAGAUACUGUGUGCUGAGAACUAUAAGUAUCUUUCAAAUCUAAACCUUGUGACCCGUUCUAUACAUCUGUUUGUCAUGUAGUUUGAAAGGGGUGUAUCUUGGCUGUAAAAGACCUUUGUACUUUUGUCUCGUGGCUCUCAACGAAUCAUCUGGGGGUGAUUCAUCGACCAGCCAUCAUUAUCGUAGAGCACUCAAUUGAUUCACUUUAUAUGUGUGUGUUGUAUUGACCUGCUCCAUUAUUAUUAAGUGAAUAAAGAUUUAGUUUAAGAAUAA